ACCCAUUUUGGACUACUCAUUAUAAUGAUUUGGCAAACAGUAUCAUAGAUCAAGCUUUUGCAAAAAGGUUAAGUAUCAAAAAGGACAAAGAGGAACUGAUUCGCAUCGUGCAACUUAUGUUUAUAGACACCGAUACAAAUGUUAUUAUGAGAGUGCUUGAAAAGUUGAUCGAAACCCAGGAAUAUCUGGUAGCUGAAGCAGCACCACACAUAAGUCAAGAGGAUUAUGAAACCUUGACUAAUUACCAAAAGAACAAAUCUGUUAAACCAAAGGUUUUAAAAAGACAAUUUGACGAUAAGUUAUCUCUCGGAGGCCCAUCAUGUGACAUUAAGAAAAGGAAAUUACCAACCCCAAAACAAAAAUUGUCACCUCUUGAUCCCAUACCUAAUGAAAAUUUGCUGUCCCUAAAAACUCGACCUGAUAUUUCCAGACAAACAUUUAAAGGUUUGCAAAACAGUGGAAAUAAUGUGUGCUUUUUGAAUGCCCCAAUUAUAGCUCUUUGCCAUACCAGAAGUUUUGAUGCCUUCUUAAGGGAGUGUCAAUACUUGCACCAGCAAUGCUCUGGUUACCACCUUCAAAAUGAGAUUUGUCCUCUUUGUGCACUGAAUGAGGUUGUAAAUCGUGCCUAUCGGCAUCACAAUUUACCCCUAAGGGAUCUCCCUAAAAUGCCAAUUAUAAAACUAACAGAGUCCCUGCUCCCUGGUUGGCGCCUAGGAAUAGAACACGAUGCGGAUGAGUUCCUUGUUAAACUUUUUGACCUUCUUGAUCAAACAUACGAUUGCCAAAUUCACAAGGGAACUGUCAAAACUACAAAAACAUGUCAAAGUUGCAGUUCCUCAAAAAUCAAAGAACAAUUCCGAUCCCAAAGAAUCUUAAUCAAUCUUGUAGAUAUAGAAGAAGCACAAAUACGUAUACAAGAGGGCAUUAACAAAUGGCUAAUGGAACAGAAAUUGCUUAAUUGUGAACAUUGUGGUGAAAAGUUACAUGAGGUCAAACGUGAAUUGGUCAGACCGCCCAGUCUCCUGAUAAUAAAUAUUCAUCGUAGGGCACAAAAGAGAAUCUCUCUUGAUAAUAACAUUUUUAUUAACAACGAGACCUAUGAGUUCAAAGCGUCUGUCAAUCAUCACCACCAACACUACACUACUGUUGGGUGUGUUGAUAAUAAUCACUAUAUUUUUUACAGUGAUGAGCGUGUUCAAUUGUGCCACGGAAAUUUAGAGGAAACAGAACAACAAAAUUUUUCCAUAAAUACAGUGAGAACACCACUUGAAGAAUGUGCCAUUGUUUUAAUCUAUGAACGACAAUUGCAUUUAUAACUUAAAAUUACAUCUGGGAAAUAAAUACCAUGUCUCUAAUGGAACAAAUUAUAUUCAGAAAACAUGAGUACAUGCAUGUAUGUAGGCACCUAACAUACAACUGCUAGGCACAUAUAAUCAAUUUUGUUUACAUAAAUCUGAUAUUACAGACAAAAUCAUGUUCACCAUCAUAUCAGAGAUUUACGUAUUAAAUGCAACGAGAGCCUGCGACGCAAUGGAUAAAUCAUCUUCGUCAAAUCUAUUUAACAUAUAAACAAAAAACAAAAUAUCUACAAACAUGUCAAACAAAUAUAAUCCCAAUAAAAAGGUUGUCGGAAUAAACAUAGGAAAUUUGUAUCAAAAUAUAAAUAGACUACUUAUAACCUGUAUCUUGUCAGCCCACUCUGACCCAUCAACAAUAGCCACGAGAGGUGUCGCCGAGCAGGGCAUAGAUGACAGGUCCCUCGACGCAGCGUCAUCGGCUUCUUGUCUAUUCGCCCUGCUCUGGCUGCAUCUGUUGAAAGGCACAUAAAAUCGACAAUUUUUACAUAAAUCUGAAAUUACCAUCGUCAAAUCUAUUUAACAAAUAAACAAAAAACAAAAUAUCUACAAACAUGUCAAGCAUAAAAAAUAUAAUCCCAAUAAAAAGGUUGUCGGAAUAAACAUAGGAAAUUUGUAUCAAAACAUAAAUAGACUACUAAUAACCUGUAUCUUGUCGGCCCACUCCGACCCAUCAACAAUAGCCACGAGAGGUGUCGCCGAGCAGGGCAUAGAUGACAGGUCCCUCGACGCAGCGUCAUCGGCUUCUUGUCUAUUCGCCCUGCUCUGGCUGCAUCUGUUGAAAGGCACAUAAAAUCGACAAUUUUUACAUAAAUCUGAAAUUACCAUCGUCAAAUCUAUUUAACAAAUAAACAAAAAACAAAAUAUCUACAAACAUGUCAAGCAUAAAAAAUAUAAUCCCAAUAAAAAGGUUGUCGGAAUAAACAUAGGAAAUUUGUAUCAAAACAUAAAUAGACUACUAAUAACCUGUAUCUUGUCGGCCCACUCCGACCCAUCAACAAUAGCCACGAGAGGU